AUGGCGAGCCGCGAUAUCAUCCAGCCUCGUAUGUCCAAACGAGCGCCCUUCACAGUCGAAGCAUCCGGCUACGAACCCGUCGAAGGCGAAACCAUCCCCCGCCGAAACCCAGCCGCAAAGGACAAACUCAUCUCUCGUCCCGCCGACGAUGUCGCGACUAUCCACGACAUCCUCCGAAGGGGCGCCAAAACCUUUGGCAACGCCAAGUGCGUCGGAUCCCGGCGUAUCGUCAAGACGCACGUGGAGAACAAGAAGGUGAAGAAGCUUGUCGAUGGCGUUGAGCAGGAAGUUGAAAAGAAAUGGACUUAUUUCGAGCUCACUGGCUAUGAAUAUCUGUCGUUUGUGGAGUUUGAGAAGCUGGUCUUGAAGCUGGGUUCGGGGUUGCGCAAGUUGGGUCUCGAAAAGGGUAACAGAGUGCAUAUUUAUGCUGCUACUAGUGCGCACUGGUUAGCUAUGGCUCAUGGGGCUGCAUCCCAAUCCAUAACCUUCGUCACCGCAUACGACACCCUGGGAGAAGAAGGUCUAAGCCAUUCUCUCAAACAAACAAAGACCGACGCCAUCUUCCUCGACCCCGGACUCAUUCCCUCUCUCAUCAACGUCCUCAAGGACAUCCCCAACAUCAAACAUGUCAUCUACAACACCGGAGGCGCUGAAGUGAAGCAAGCAGAUCUCGACAAACUCAAGUCGGAGUUCAGCCAUCUCAACGUUAUCAGUAUUGAUGAUCUGGCCAAGGCAGGCGAGGAAACCCCGGUUGACCCUGUCCCUCCUAAGCCUGAGGACCUUUGCUGUAUCAUGUACACCUCCGGAUCGACUGGCGCACCAAAGGGUGUGUCGUUGUCGCAUGGAAAUGUAGUUGCUGCCGUUGCCGGUGUCACCGUCAUUGUCGGCCCAUACAUCGGACCCGGCGAUUCUUUGUUGACCUAUCUUCCUCUUGCCCACAUUCUCGAGUUUGUGUUUGAAAAUGCCUGCAUGUUCUGGGGCGGCACCAUGGGUUACGGAAACCCUAGAACACUAUCCGAUAGCUCCGUGCGAAACUGCAAAGGCGACAUUCGUGAAUUCAAACCGACUAUCCUAGUUGGAGUGCCCGCCGUUUUCGAGACCGUCAAGAAGGGUAUUUUGGCCCAAUUGAACAAGGCCAGCUUUGUGGUCAAGAACAUGUUCUGGGGUGCCUUGUCCGCCAAGCAGUUUUUGUUGCAAAGCGGCUUGCCCGGUUCUGGUGUGCUGGACGCUGUCGUUUUCAAAAAGUUGCGUGAGGCCACGGGAGGUCGUCUUCGUAUCUUGAUGAAUGGUGGUGGUCCCAUUGCAAAGGAUACAUUGAAGUUCAUCUCGUAUGCCAUUGCGCCAAUGAUCAGUGGCUACGGCUUGACUGAAACCACCGCCAUGGGUGCGCUCCAGGACCCAUUGGCCUGGAACCCAGAAGCACUCGGUGACAUUCCUGCAUCUAUUGAGAUCAAACUGGUCGACUAUUUGGAUGCAGGCUACUCUGUCAAGAACAAACCCCCACAGGGCGAAAUUCUCAUCCGCGGUGCCAGUGUUACGUCGGGCUACUACGAGAACGAAGAAGAGACCAAAAACUCAAUCACUGAAGAUGGUUGGUUCCGCACCGGUGAUAUUGGUGAAUUCGAUCAGUACGGCCACCUGCGCAUUAUUGACCGGAAGAAGAACUUGGUCAAGACCUUGAACGGAGAGUACAUUGCAUUGGAGAAGUUGGAGUCUGUGUACCGUGCACACCCGGUCGUGGCAAACAUCUGCAUCUAUGCUGCAGAGAGCCAAAGCACACCCGUUGCCAUCAUCGUACCGGUUGAGGCCGAGCUGCAGAAGAUUGCCAAGGCGCAGGGUAUUGAGGGACAGACGUUAGAGUCUUUGGUACACAACGAGAAGCUCAAGUCGGCUGUCCUGAAGGAAUUACAGAACGCUGGCAAGUCUGGUAACCUUCGGGGUAUUGAGAUUAUCAGUGGAGUCGUCUUGUCCGACGAGGAAUGGAACCCACAAAACGGAUACACAACUGCAGCUCAAAAGCUCCAGCGCAAGAAGAUUGUUGAUCACUUCAAAGCCGAUAUCAACAAAGCUUCAUACAAAAACCUCUCCCCGCGAACCCGCCUCCUCUUCGGUGUCGGUCUCAUGGCCUGGGCAGGAAUCGGAAUGACGGCUUCGCCACAGAUUGAGUCUGCGCUGGGGCUUGUGCCGACGGAGCAGCAAAAAGAAGAGUUGGAGAGGAAGAUGAACGUGAAUGUUGUUAGUGUUGAGAGGGAGAAAUGA